UUCUUUGGUAAAAUAUAUAAGCCCAUCUAGAUUUUUCAUAUCUAAAUAGAUUUAACUUUAGCCAUCAAUAUCUAAAACUUUGACAGAUUAAUAACAUUUGAUAGUGACCUAUUCAAAGUUUUUGAUGUUGAUAGCCAGAAAUAAAUACGUUUGACUUAGAACAAAACUUCAAUAUACCUAUAUUUAAGAUAGGAUAAAGUAGCCUUGAAUCACAUUCUCUAGGCAUAUAUUUCUCACUUUACGAAUCAAUUUGCAUAUGAGGAAUCAAAAAACGCAUAGCUGGUGGCUCAAAGACAGCCAUGAUGAUGAUGAUAAAUUGACACCAACGCGAUGUUGAAAUGGACCCUCUCGCUCACCAUUAGCUAAAAUCAAGACACCGUGAUCGGCUUUACUAUUGGCUACCCUACAUCGACCACUUUGGAAUUGAAUGGCGCCUCCGCGCGGGGGGUACCGCAAACUGACAGUUACAAGUGGAGGUAGUUUAGUUACCACGGAGACGCCUUUACAAAUUCCCCAUCAGAUUCAGAUCUCGGGUGCGCGCUCCUGCUCCCGGACGACCGCGGCUCCUCCACGGCAGCCCACCAGCCGCCGCCGCACCUCACAUGCUCGUAGACUCGUAGUCGCUCGAGGUUGACCUUGGCCCCGCCGAGAAUGGUGCCCGGCGGCGACCUGGGCAGCCUCGCGGCCGUCGUGGCCGCGGUGACCGCGUGCAUGGCCUACGCCCGCUUCGCCGCGCGCCGGCUCCGCCCGGGCCUGCCCCGCCUCGCCGCGCUCCUCCCGGUGCUCGCCGUCCUCCCUCUGCCCCCGCUGGCGUUCCGCGCGCUCCACCCCCGCGCCAUCUCCGCCUUCUUCCUCGCCUGGGUCGCCGAGUUCAGGCUCCUGCUCCUCGCCUCCGGGCAGGGCCCGCUCCGCCCGUCCCUCCCGCUGCCGGCCUUCGCCGCCGUCGCCACGCUCCCCGUCACGCUGCGGGACCCCAGCGCCACCGCGGCCGCGAGGCGCCCGGGGCUCGGGCUCGCCGAGUCCGCCGCCAUGGCCGCGCUGCUCGCGGCGAUCGUGUCGCUGUACCGGCACGAGGAGCGGAUGCCCCGGUACGCCCUGCUCGCGCUCUACUCCGUGCACGUGUACCUCGCGCUGGAGCUCGUCCUGGCGGCGGCCGCGGCGGCGGCGCGCGCGACGAUGGGCCUGGACCUGGAGCCGCAGUUCGACCGGCCCUACCUGUCGGCGUCGCUGCGGGACUUCUGGGGCCGGCGGUGGAACCUCUCCGUGCCGGCGCUGCUCCGGCAGUGCGUGUUCCGCCCCGUGCGCGCGCGCCUCGGCGCCCCCGCGGGGGUGCUGGCGGCCUUCGCUGUGUCCGGCCUGAUGCACGAGGUCGUGUUCUCGUACCUCACGCUGCGGCCGCCCACGGGGGAGGCUGCCGCCUUCUUCGCGCUGCACGGGGUGUGCGCGGUGGCGGAGGGGUGGUGGGCCGCGCGCCGGCGGUGGCCGCGCCCGCCGCGCGCGCUGGCCACGCCGCUCACGCUGGCGUUCGUCGGCGUGACGGGGUUCUGGCUCUUCUUCCCACCCAUCACGCGCCCCGGCGCCGACAAGCAGGUGAUCGCCGAGAGCGAGGCGAUGGUCGCGUUCCUCCGGGGCGCCGCGGGCCGGGCGGUCGGCUCCGCCCGGUCAGUCUUGUACGGCCGCUCGUAGGUUGGCGGCUCGCUGUGGCCGGGCGCGGGGCAUAUGGAUUAACACCACGGUGCUAUUACCCCUCCCUCGCUCUGUGACUUUGAGCAGUGGAUUGACACUGAGAUAAAGGAGGACGACAAGAGGUAUAUGGAGAUGUGCAAGAAGUGGGAAGCAUAGCGGCUGGAGAGGGUGGAGAACAGACGCCAGGAGGAGGCAGCAGAAAAGGAGCGGCAGGAAGAACAACAAAGGAGGCUGGCAGCUAAGCGUAGGGAGGAGAGGGAGCGGAAGCUUGAGCGUGUUCGCCGUGCCAAAGCCGCAAUGGAGGAGAAUCCAGAUGCUUUGAGGAAGGGGAAGUGGCCUCGUUGCACGCCGUAGAAUGCAUGUUUACAUUGGGCAAGUCUAGCUAGUAAUGAACUAUUCUGGUAGACUGAUGUUGUGCUAUCAUGUAAUGAACUAUUAGGUGUGUGCUAUCUUUUAUUUAAGUUUGAAUUAUGUGGUUGUCUGUU